AAAAAAUUAAUUUUUUUUUUUUCGUUACGAAAAAAAAAACAUGUCUAAAUUAGAACUUGUCGCUUCUGCAAUUUCUUCUAUGAUUAAUGUUCCUGUAAAAACUUAUGAUGAAUGCUUAGCUAAAGGUUGGAAAAAAAUUCCUCCUGAACAAUUUUUAGACAUUGGACGCAUUCAUGAAAGUUCUUUAAAUAGAUACGGGGAUAACCUUUCUUCUAAAUUCCCUAAUAAUAAUAAUGAUGAUGAUGAUUUAUAUUUCCCAAUUAUUGUAAACAAUAAUAAUUCACCAAGCAGAAUUAUAGUACGUCGAAUUAGUCAACCUUUUCAAAUUUUUGUCAACCCUCUUUCUGGAGGAAGUCAUACAAUGCUCGUAUAUCCACAUACUACUGUCCUUGAAUUAAAAUAUGCUAUUAAAAGGGAGCUCGGUUAUGAUAUCAGACCGUUACGUCUUGUAUUUGCUGAUAAACAAUUGGAUGAUAAUAAAACUCUUUCAUCUUACAAUAUUCGAAAAGGUAAUACUGUACAAAUUUUAUUUCGUGCUUAUGGAGGUUUUAAUUUUUAUGUUAUCAAGAAAGAUUUUUUAAGCCCUAAAUAUGAUUAUGAUUUCUCAAAUUUAAUUGAUGAUGGAAAAAUUCACACUCGUGGAAAAGAGUUAUACAAAAGACCUUAUGGAUGGAAUAGAAUUGCACUUAACGUUGGUAAAUAUGGUUAUGAUGAGAAAUGGUUGGGUAGUUCCGGUAAAUCUGAUGAAUGGCCAGUUUCUUAUCAUGGUACUAGGAAAGAUUUUGUUGAUUCUAUCGCUGAUAAAGGUUAUUUGCUUAAGAAAGGAAAAAGAUUCAAAUAUGGAAAAGGAAUUUAUUCAACUCCUGAUAUUGAUAUAGCUGAAGAAUAUGCUACUGAAUUUAAAUCUACUUCUGGUGUUGUUUAUAAGGUAGUUUUUCAAAAUAGAGUUAACCCUAAAGGAAUGGUAAAGAUUGAAGAUUGUGAUUAUUGGGUCGUACCUGAUGAAAGGGAUAUUAGACCUCUUAAUCUCUUAAAAUUCAAUAGUUCACAAGAAGAGAAUCAAACGUUAUUAAUGAUCAAUAACGAAUUCGGUCGUGAAAAUGACCAACUUUACGAAAGCCUUGAACGAUAUCGGUCAGUCAAACUUUUGAGAAGCUUACAAACGGCCGUCCGAGAAGAUCGACUUGUUAAAGGGAAAAUUAAUUGGUUUUUAGAUGAAUUAGUUUAUGAAAAGGCUGCAGCAAAAAAAGGUGAAUUUCUUAGAAGUGAUCUCAUAUUAACAAUAAGUGAUUUUAAUCCCGAACAAUCGAUUUUACAUGAAAUAGAUCGUAAUCAUGGACGAGAGAGCGAAAUACAAUAUGAAGAAUUUAAGGAAAUAUUAGAAACAACUAAUAACUGGAAAGCGCCAGGCAAUUCGUAUGAUUUUAUUAAACAUAGUGGAAAAAUUAUGAAAGAAGCUUCCCGCUCUGGACCUGCGAAUCCUAAUUCUGAUCAGCGUAAUCAGAAAUCUUCAAGUCAUAAGCAAACUCCACAAUCUGGCUUGAAGUUUAUUUAUAGUAGUUAUGAAUUAGUUAAGGAUGUAUAUGAAGCGUAUGGAAAUUUAAGGGUAGUUAAGAAUUAUUGGAAUGAGCUUGAAAAAGAAUUUCUUGAUAAAGAUUUAGACUCGUUAUUAAAUAUAGAUUGUCGGUUAAAUAUUAUAGAAAAGAUUUUAGAGGGUGCAAGUAAAAAAGGUGACGUUUGUGGUAUAGGUUGGGUGAUAUUUAAUAGUAUAAAUAAUAUUAUAAGUGAGGAACAUUUACGAAUCAUUGAUAAUUUUGAAGUUUUAGAAUUAGAAAUAUUAGCAAUAAUAACAGCGUUAAUGACGGUUAAAGAGGAGAGUAAAAUUCAGAUUUAUACAGAUAGUUUAGGUUUUAUUAAAGUCUUAUUUAUUAAAAGAUGGAAUGAAUUAUUUACAAAAGGAAAUUCUAUGUUAAGAGUCAUUCAGGGUAAAGGAAAUGAAAUGGCAGAUAAGUUAAGUAAGAUGGCUGUAAUGAAAAAUAUGGAAAAUAAUACUCAAUUUAUGAGCGAGAUUGAUAUACUGUGUAGUAUAACAUGGGAAUAUAAUAUGCUUUGGCGAGAUUUUAUGAUUAAACAAUGUCCGAGAGGAGAUAUUAAUCAAAUAGAAUACAAAGCUGAGUGGUUAGCAUUAGACAUUAAUGGAACUUAUCGUAUGAAUAUUAAUGAAGCGGAAAUUGAUUGGUUAAAUUCUCUGCAAAUUAUUAUGAAAGAAUUUAAAUCGGAGAUAUCUUCAUAUAAUAUUAAAAAUUUUUUAGAAAUAAUGCCUACAAUGAUCCUUAAUAAAAGAAAUCCUGAAAUUUACAAAGAGAGCAGAUGUGUUAGAUGUAUUUCUGAUAAAAGAUUUAGAGAUAUGAUAAGGGAAUUUAUUUGUGAUAUUAAAGAAUUUGCGAGACAAUUUAUCUGGCCAAGAUGUCAAGAGGUAAACAAUUGGGAAAAAAACAAAGAGUUAGAUUAG